UCGGAGAUUGGCUUGGUGAACCAGAAACAGGUGACGACGACGACCCUAGAUUUUCUGGACAGAACCUUCUCUUGUUCAAGUGUCAACUGAUUUUAUGGAAGACUGCUGUCGUGGUGUUUCUAUACUUUGCUUCGUACAAUGUGUUUGGAAUUCACCUGAAUGAAGUAGCUUCCAUGGCCAGCGUUUCACCCAAUACCCUCCUAAGUUUCCUCCCUACUCUGUGGCAAUUGUGCUACUUCUAUUUUUCUGCGUUUAAUUUAUGAGAGCGAAAUUUGCAACUCCAUGGCCUAAGUGUCAUGGCACCCCCUAAUUGGUAGGGCGAGGAAGUUGCUCCGAGGACUUGGGUACGGUUUGGUGACAUUGAUAUUCCCCGGUUCGCUUCCAGAGUGAGCGUAUGCCUGGGAAUAAGUAUAACGGUAAUCCAAAUCAUUUUCCAGGUCGUGUUGAACGACUUGUCCGAGAAAGAGAACUAAGAAAAAUCACCAGGGCUUCUCAUUUCAAUGAGUCAGCUGAUAAUAAUAAUAGGGUUACUAAACCGUUUGAGCAUAACCUGCGUUUAAGAGAAGAUAAUAACUCAGGAACUUCUAAUGCGCAAUACCUGGAGGCAACUGCAAGGGGUCUUUAUCAGGGACGUGAAAGCCAAGAUGGGAGGCCUUAUAGACUUUUGGUGGUGGCCAACAGGCUGCCAGUCUCAGCAGUUAGGAGAGGCGAAGAUUCAUGGUCUCUGGAGAUUAGUGCUGGAGGUCUAGUUACCGCUCUUUUAGGUGUGAAGGAGUUUGAGGCAAGGUGGAUAGGGUGGGCUGGUGUCAACGUGCCAGACGAGAUUGGACAGAAGGCACUUACUAAAGCUUUGGCUGAAAAGAGGUGCAUUCCAGUGUUUCUUGAUGAAGAGAUUGUUCACCAAUAUUAUAAUGGUUACUGCAAUAACAUCUUGUGGCCCCUUUUUCAUUACCUUGGACUACCCCAAGAAGAUCGCCUUGCUACUACACGGAGCUUCCAGUCUCAGUUUGCAGCAUACAAGAAAGCAAACCAAAUGUUUGCUGAUGUCGUGAACGAGCACUACGAAGAGGGUGAUGUUGUUUGGUGCCAUGACUACCAUCUCAUGUUUCUUCCAAAAUGUUUAAAGGAAUAUAACAAUAAAAUGAAAGUUGGCUGGUUUCUUCACACGCCAUUUCCAUCUUCUGAAAUUCAUAGGACAUUACCAUCACGUUCAGAGCUCCUUCAUUCUGUUCUUGCUGCUGAUUUAGUAGGAUUUCACACCUAUGAUUAUGCCCGCCAUUUUGUUAGUGCCUGUACUCGCAUUCUUGGACUUGAGGGCACUCCUGAAGGGGUUGAGGACCAGGGGAGAUUGACUCGAGUUGCUGCAUUUCCAAUUGGGAUAGACUCUGAUCGAUUCAGACGUGCCCUUGAGCUUACUGAAGUGAAGAAUGAUAUCAAAGAAUUGGAAGAAAGAUUUGAGGGUAGAAAGGUAAUGUUAGGUGUUGAUCGCCUUGAUAUGAUUAAAGGGAUUCCCCAGAAAAUUCUAGCAUUUGAAAAGUUUUUGGAAGAGAAUGCUUAUUGGCGUGAUAAAGUAGUUUUGCUUCAAAUUGCUGUGCCAACAAGAACAGAUGUUCCUGAGUAUCAAAAGCUUACAAGCCAGGUUCAUGAAAUUGUUGGUCGCAUUAAUGGAAGAUUUGGAUCAUUGACUACUGUUCCUAUACAUCACCUGGAUCGUUCGCUUGAUUUUUAUAAACUGUGUGCUUUAUAUGCUGUUACUGACGUAGCACUGGUCACAUCUUUGAGGGAUGGGAUGAAUCUUGUCAGUUAUGAAUUUGUGGCCUGCCAGGAGAAAAAGAAAGGGGUUCUCAUUCUUAGUGAAUUUGCUGGCGCUGCACAGUCUCUAGGUGCAGGAGCAAUUCUGGUUAACCCCUGGAACAUCACAGAAGUUGCAGCCGCCAUUGCCGAGGCACUAAAUAUGUCAUCUGGGGAAAGAGAGAAACGUCAUAAGCACAAUUAUGUACAUGUGACAACCCACACUGCUCAAGAAUGGGCGGAGACUUUCGUAAGUGAACUAAAUGAUACUGUGGUCGAGGCGCAACUAAGGACAAGACAAGUUCCACCCCAACUUCCAACCAAGACUACAAUUGAACGUUAUCUGCAGUCAACUAAUCGAUUGCUUAUAUUGGGAUUCAAUGCAACUUUAACCGAACCAGUCGAAAAGAAAGGCGAUCAGAUUAAGGAAAUGGAGUUGAAGGUGCAUCCAGAAUUAAAACAAUCGUUGACAGCACUUUGUAAUGACCCGAAUACCACAAUUGUUGUGCUUAGCGGAAGUGGUCGAAAUGUCCUAUAUAAUAACUUUAAGGAAUAUAACAUAUGGCUAGCAGCAGAGAACGGGAUGUUUUUACGCCCUGCAAAGGGAGAAUGGAUGACAACGAUGCCAGAGCAUCUGAAUAUGGAAUGGGUUGACAGUGUGAAGCAUGUUUUUGAAUACUUCACAGAAAGAACCCCCCGGUCUCAUUUUGAUUUGGAAGAAAGAGAGACCUCGCUUGUAUGGAACUACAAAUAUGCAGAUGUUGAGUUUGGAAGACUUCAGGCAAGGGACAUGUUGCAGCAUCUCUGGACUGGUCCAAUUUCCAAUGCAUCAGUUGAUGUUGUUCAAGGUAGCCGAUCAGUUGAAGUGCGAGCUGUUGGCGUUACGAAGGGAGCAGCAAUUGACCGCAUCUUGGGUGAGAUAGUUCACAGUAAAUCCAUGACAGCACCAAUCGAUUAUGUUCUAUGUAUAGGACAUUUUCUAUCAAAGCAGGAUGAAGAUGUUUAUUCCUUCUUCGAGCCGGAGCUUCCUUCCGGUGGCGUGGGUGGUCCACGAAACAAGGUGCCGGAAGUAGCCAAGUCUCCUGCUGAGAGACGACAAUCUCUGAAGAUCACAAGCAGUACUAAAGCUGGAACAAAAUCAUCUCCAAAUAAGACACAAAGGCCUGUGUCAAAUUCUGACAAGAAAAACACAAACCAUAUUUGCAGUGCACCAAGGAGGCUGGCACCUGAGAAGAUCUCAUGGAAUGUGCUUGACCUCAAGAAGGAGAAUUACUUCUCUUGUGCCGUUGGCCGAACCCGAACAAAUGCUCGGUAUACGCUUGGAUCCUCAGAUGAUGUGGUUUCACUCCUCAAGGAACUGGCUCAAGCAUCUUCUCCAAACUAUUUAUCGACUAAUUAAAAUUCACGCGGGAUGCUUCCAUUUUUUUCAAAAAAAAAUUAGGUGCAUCCUAAUUCUAAUGUCAUCUUUAUCUCACAGUAUUUAACUAUUUAUUGUACAUAUAUGAUAUAAUCUUAAUUAGUUCUUCAUACAUGCUUCACUA